GAAAGCUCUCAGCUUUCCACUGCCAAAUUACUCGGCACUUUCUCGCUUUCUCUUUUGAUCUCUUGCUAUAAUUCAACGUCUCAAGUCUCAGAAGUCUUCGCCAAUGAAGAAGUUAUCAUCAAUUUCUGAUUCUCUACAUCUCUUUUUUAAUAAUAUUCUUGGUACUAUUUCUGUAAUCCCAACUACUUUCUUUUUAAUAACUUUCUUCCUUAAUUGCCCAUGCAAAGCCCUUUGUACACAAGGCCACCACAACAUCUACUUUUCGUUAUCAUCAGUUGUUUCAUUCAUUGCUAAUCAUCUUUCUUACAUGACCGUCCUGCUUCUCUUUGUGUGAUCUUUUUUCGGGGGAAAGCUCAUUUCUUUUUUCUUCUCUCUUUCUUGAAACAAGAAAGUUUCUUUUCUUCUGUGACCCGCUGAUUGAUCCCCAGAAUUUAUUUUUUUCUGGGUUUUUUUUAAAGCCCCUGAAUUUUUUAUUGUUUGGGGCUUUUGGGUGCUGGGAUUUAUUUGAAAUUGUGUGGUAAUUGGGGUGAUAUGGGGCCUCCGAGUCAAGGUGAAAAUAGUAGGGAGAGUUCUAGUGGAAAGAAGAGGUUAAGUGGGGAAAGUGAUGGGGGAGAUUGGACGGGGAAGAAAGUUAGGAUCUUUGAUGGGAUUGAUGGAAAUCUGGAGGUUUUUCAUGGGAUUGAUACUGAGGAGGAGGAAAGAAAUGAGAAUCAGGCAAUGGGUUCUGGGGAAGAAAGGGGAGUUUCUUGCACUGAUGAAUUGUGUGGCUUUGAUCUUAACGUGGCGUUGAUCGAUUCAGAGGAUGAUGAAUUUGUACCUGAAGCUGUAAAUAGGAAGGUUGACAUUAUUUGCAUUCCAUCUGAUGAUAGUGAGGAUGAGGAGGGAAUAGGGAUUGUUGCACAUGACGUCAAAGGAAAGGGGAAGCUCAUUGUGGAAGAAACUAAUAAUGAGCUUCUUGAGAAUAUUGAUUUUGGAUUGGGACUAAUGGACAGGAGUUAUGAUGGAAAUAGUUAUGUGAGUGAUGGGAGGAGAUACACCAGGGAAGAGAAAGGGAAAGCUAAAAUUGUUGAUUCUUGGUUGUCACUUGCAACUAAUCCAACUCAGUUGGAGUUACAAACAAGAAGCCAGGAUUCAAUACAGUUUGAAUAUCAACCAGGAAGCCAGGAUUUGAAAAGGUUUAACCACCCAAGUGAGAAUGGUUACCAAGUGGAAGGCUCAGAGUCGAGCUCAGAAUUCGCGCGUAGAAAACAUGCAGAAUAUGAUAUUGAGAUGCAGAUACUGAGACACGGUGAACUCCGGAGAAAUGCUCAUAAAUUUGCACGGUGGGCGGAGAAUGGAGAUGUAUCUUCUAGUCAGGAAAAGCCUUCACUUGAAGAUCUACUGGGAAAAUCUCCUGGUCCUUUUUCUACCGCUCUGAUGAUGGUUAGAGACCGAACGUCCUGGCGAUCCAGGCAACUUAUUGAUUGGAAACCAUCUGACAAUGGCUGCAAUUCAUUUAGACCCGUUGUUCCUUCACUUCUGGAUCUUUCCCUGAAAGCUCUUGCAGCAAAAGCUGAGGCUAUAGUUUCACUUGAACUUGUUCCCGAUUUCCUCAGGCGAAAGCUCGCUGACUGUAUCUGUAAUCUCCGGAAAAUGGAUGUUCACACUUUUGAACUCUUUGUUAAAGGAUCUCCAACGGAGAUACGUAUAAAGGACUGUUCAUGGCUAACAGAUUGCCAUUUUUCAGAGGCAUUUGGAAAUUUUGAUGCUAAAAAUUUGAAGGUACUUGAACUUGAAUUAUGUGGGCAAUGUCCAUUUACUUUGGCUGGCUUGAGGUUCCCCAAACUAGGUGUCUUAUCAUUAAAGGGUGCAUGUCGUCUAUCCAACGAUGGGCUACAAGCAUUUGUCAACUCUGCACCUGAAUUAGAGUCUAUAAAUUUGAGCCACUGCUCCCUUCUUACCAAUGUUGGCAUCAAUUUCUUGGCCAAUUCUUUGGGAUCCAAGUUGAGGGAGCUGUAUAUUGAUGAGUGCCCGAAAAUAGAUGCAAUGCUUAUCCUACCUGCAUUGAGGAAGUUUGCAUACUUGGAGGUCUUGUCUGUUGCUGGAAUUCACACUGUGUCUGACCAAUUUGUUGACGCCGUAGUUAACACAUGUGGGCAAACUCUAAAGGAGCUUGAUUUGUCCAAUUGUCUGGGCUUGACCAAUGGUUCCCUCAGAGCCAUUGGAGAUACCUGUAGUGGUUUACAUUCAUUAAACAUUUCAAACCUAGAUAAACUGACAGAUCUUGCAUUACAAUUCCUUGCUGAUGGUUGUCAGCACAUUCAAACACUUAAACUUUGCCGCAACAAAUUCAGCGAUGAAGCAAUUGCGGCAUUCUUGGAAGCUUCUGGAGAGUCUUUGAAGGAACUAUGUCUCAAUAGUGUUACUUCGGUUGGCCCUUGCACUGCCUUUUCGCUCGCCAAAUGUUCAAGAAAGUUGUUGGUAUUGGAUUUGUCAUGGUGUCGCAAAUUAACGGAUAAGGCACUGGGAUUGAUUGUUGACAGCUGCCUGUCACUGAAGUUGGUCAAACUCUUUGGUUGUACACAGAUCACAAAAUCUUUUGUAAAUGGGCACUCAAACACACAAGUGCAGAUUAUCGGGUUGCAGUUGACACCAAUACUGGAAAAUGCAACUGUUUGAAUCUUCAGGAACACUGUCGCGCUAUUCACCCGCUGAAAGUUUUGUCUGAUGCAAUGUAAAUCACCAAAAAAUCAUGGUAGCAUGAGAAAUUAGCCUAUUCUACUAUUGCUUUGUAUCACUUUCUGUGGCAUUCACAAUCACUGUUAAACCGGCAUGCUUAUGCAGCAUCAACUCAUUUCUUGCUCUACCUGAAGAUAAUAGAAUGGUGACCAUGGGAGCCCCCUGUGCACUUUUACCAAA